CAGCAUAUUGACAGUACAAAGAUCAACAGCGAGCGGAAGAGGACGAGGGACUCAACGGACGGCGUUUGUGGAGUGUCUCCCUGACCCCCCGGGAGACGAGGAAACAGAAAGGUGUCCCUGUUGGGCGGGCCUGGUGCAGCUGAAUCCGGUGGCACCUGAACAGACCAGCACUCUUUUGUGGGGUGUCUGACCACCUUCCGAAUCCUGAGUCAAAAUGAUCCAGGAUUACCAGGAUCUUGCAACCCUGGACGUAGAGGCUGAGGGUGAAAUUUAUCUCCGAAAAGUGCCCCCAGGGCCUUCCUCAGGCCUAUCAUGGAGGCAACGAGUCUGCCCGAGCCGUCGCCUGGUUCUGAUCCUGCUGGGACUGAGCAGCAUCCUCACCGUCGCAGUCAUUGUAUUUGGUGCCAAAAGCAGCAACUUCAGAUCUCAGCUAUCAGGGAUGCAGGAUACACUUAUAAGCAUCAAUCAAACUGUUGUCAAUGAGAUGGAAGCCCUUCUGCAGAGGGGGGUGAACACGGAAACAAAAAUGACGCGACUGGAGGGGAAGGUAAAACAGGUGAUUGAGGAAGCCAAAGCAGGCAAGGAACGACUCCUAGCCCAGAUGCACGAGUUGCAAAGGAACUUUAGAACCAUGAAUUGUGACCUGGAGAAUUUUAAACACAACCGAACAGCUAACCAAGAGACCUGUUGCCCUAAGGGUUGGGACUCCUUUCGGAAAAGCUGUUACUGGGAGUCCAGAAUAGGGAAGCCAUGGGAGGAAGCCAAGGCAGAUUGUGAAGACCGAGAUUCCCACCUGGUGAUCAUCAACUCACUUGAGGAACAACAAUUUGUGGUGGUGCGCGUGCAGCCACAAUUUAUGUGGAUUGGCUUGACCGACGCCAGUGGGAGCUGGAAGUGGGUAGAUGGGACACCCUACACAGUUCGCCAAGAGGACUGGAAACCGGAGCAACCGGAUAAUUGGUACGGCCACGGCCUUGGUGGUGGGGAGGACUGUGCCCACCUCCACAAUGACGGGCGCUGGAACGACGAUCACUGCUCUCGGCACUACGGCUGGAUUUGUGAGAUGGAGACAAGGGAUUAACGGGGUGGGAGCCUGCCCUUCGACUGCCAGUUCGUGAAACUGAGUCCCCGGCUGCCUUUGGUUAGGGAGCCAGGCAUCCUGCUGUUGGGGGUGACAGGAGGAAUUUGACGGUAUGCUGGCGAGAUUUCCCACCUCCUCCUUGAACAAUUCUCCUUGCCUGUUCUGUUCUAAAAUGUAGCCAGAGAUACAGAGUCCUCCAUACUUGGGUGUUUCUUUCAGACUGAGUUGUGAGUUCUGACUUUCUACACCGUCAACAGGCACCCUGAGCCACACAGUGGAGCCUUCUUACUCCUGUGUGACUCUGGCCACAAUCCACCAUUAAUCAUGCUGCCCCUUGGCUCUAUGUGAGAUUUUCCCGGCUUCUCUUUCAUCUUUAUUACUCCUCAUUUCCACUCUUCCUGCCCCUCUAAACCCAUGGAUGUCCAAAUCUGCUUGCCUUCUCCCACCCACCCUAACUCUGGGCCUUUCCCCCCCCCACAACCUCUCAGCCACUAGGCCCCUUGCCUCCCUGUCCCCCUCACACCCUUGAAGCCCUUCUUCCUAACAAUGGCUUAGUCUUUGUUCCUUGGCACUGUGUUUUUUUCUUCCAGCCUUUCACUUCCCUCACAAAAGCUGUGCUGUUUGCAAACAUUCUAUUGCUGGCAUUUUCCUCUAAGCACUGAGAAUGUACAGGAUAUUUUAGCUCACCAGGACAAGAUGAGUUUAUAUCAGAGCUUGGAAAAGUUACUUUUUUGAACUACAACUCCCAUCAGCCCAAUCCAGUGGCCAUGCUGGCUGGGGCUGAUGGGAGUUGUAGUUCAAAAAAAGUAACUUUUCCAAGCUCUGGAUACAGCAGGCAAAAUAUCAGAUUAUGUGGUUUUUACCAAUUAAUGUAUGAUUUCUGUGUAGGUAACUGUACUUUAAAAGAAAACAGGCAGCGGCGGGGUUAAGUUACCUACAAUUAAGCUUCUCUGAGACUGCAUAUAUAGUGUACUUAUAACAGAUGAAUUUCUGUGACCCACCAAAUUCAAACCACGUUCUCAGAAUCUGAAUAAAUUAUGCUUAAUUAAUUUA